AUGGUCGCCGAGACAGGAGACACGGGCGGGGCGGCGUUCGAGCACAGCGGUUCCCCGCAGGCGAGACAGAGCAAGGGCGUCGGCGUCGGGCGAGCUUGCUGGUGCGGAGGUGCGGUGGAGCGGGCGGUCGUCGGGCUUCACGCGGCGUUGAUCGCACGAUGGUGGUGUGGUGGCGGACGAGCAGCAACACCGUGUAAGGCGAGCGAAAUGAGGAAGAAGGUGAACAGUCCCAUGGUGAAGUUAUCGCAGCAAAGCCGGAGAGAUGUCGCUGCUGCGAGCGAAAGCAACAAGAGCAGUAACAACGGCAGUGCUGUGACCAGUGUUGUCAAUGGUGGGGUGGCCAAGGUGAAGCGGACUCGGAGGACCGUGCCGAGAGACUCUCCUCCUCAACGUAGCUCGAUAUACCGAGGAGUCACAAGGCACCGGUGGACCGGCCGAUAUGAGGCGCACCUGUGGGACAAGAAUUGCUGGAACGUAUCGCAGAACAAGAAGGGACGGCAAGUGUAUCUUGGCGCUUACGACAACGAAGAAGCAGCCGCGCACGCUUACGACUUGGCAGCGCUCAAAUACUGGGGGAGAGACACUAUUCUCAAUUUUCCGGUUUCGACGUACGAAACGGAGCUAGUAGAAAUGGAGGGACAGUCAAGAGAAGAGUACAUCGGAUCAUUAAGAAGGAAAAGCAGUGGGUUUUCUCGGGGAGUUUCGAAAUAUAGAGGCGUUGCAAGGCAUCAUCAAAAUGGAAGAUGGGAAGCUCGCAUUGGGAGAGUCUUCGGAAACAAAUAUCUUUAUCUUGGGACAUAUGCCACGCAAGAAGAAGCUGCCGUUGCAUAUGAUAUGGCGGCCAUAGAGUACCGAGGACUCAACGCCGUCACAAACUUUGACCUCAGUCGUUACAUCAAAUGGCUAAAACCUAACGCCGACGCCGCCGCCGCCGCCGCCGCCGCCAGAGGCAUUACUCAACCCAAUACCAACAAUAAUAACACCGACGUCUUAACCUCAAACCUUAGUGAUGGGUUCGGUCUUAGCUAUUCCCAGAAACCCCAAACAUCAGAUUCUAAUCAAGAAGCUAUCCAAGCUCAGCCUCGGAGCACCACGUCAGCCCUAGGGCUUUUGCUUCAGUCGUCGAAAUUCAGGGAGAUGAUGGAGAUGGCGUCUCGGGCUGACGAUGCGGCAUCGGCGACACCGCAGGAGGAGUCCACUGAGGCCUUGAAACGCAGCUUCCCUGCUGAUGUUCAGACAUACUUCGAGUGUCAUCAAGAUUCCUACAACUUCGGUGGCGACGGAGAUGACAUUAUCUUCCGCGAGCUCAACACGUACGUUCCGCCGAGUUAUCAAUGUGAGUUCGACGCAUAA